AUGUCCGCCCCAGUAUCCACAACCUCAGGGCCCUCCAACAUCCCCCCUUUCCAACCACCCAUACGCUCUCACCCCCCUCCCCCAUCAUCCAAAUCCAAUACAAAAUCAAGUCAAAAAUCCAACCCCCCAUCCACCACAUCCUCCUCCACCUCUGCGCUCCCCCACUCCCCCGAAACGCAACGCCAAAUAGCAGAAGCGCGCAUCGCGCUCGAAGCAUCCAUGACCAAUAUCGGCUCCAGCCUCGACACGUCCCUAAAGUCCCGCGCUCAAACUCUUCACUCCAACUCCGCAGCGCUAGCGAAGCAGGAAAAGGAUCUGCUGAAGGAGACUGCGCGGUUGAAGAAGGAGACGGAGCGCUUGGGGAAGGUUGCGGGGGAGGGGGCGCGCAAGGUUAAGGAGUUAGGCAAUGUGCAAAAUUGGGCGGAGGUGUUGGAGAGGGAUUUCUUGGUGUUGGGGGAGACGAUUCGGUUGGCUAACGGGGGGAGAGAUGAGUGGAGUGGAAGUGAGAGCGGGAGUGAGGGGAGUUGGGAGACGGAGAGUGAGGUGGGUGAUAUUUUGACGAAGGGGGUGGAUGGGGAGGGGGGAUCUACGACGAGGAAGCUUGAUGAUGACGCUGGGAAAGAGAUGGAUGAUAAAGGCAAGGGGAAAGAGGGCGCUGCUCUUGAGACACAGGUUCAGAGGACGGAGCAGCAGCUUGAGUUUGGUGGCGGGUCUUCUACAGCUACCGUUGGGUCUGGGUCGGACCCUUCCUCCACUUCUGUGCAUACGGAGAACUCGACGGCUAGUUGA